AUAAAUAAUUGAUGAAAUUGUAGCUAUAAGUCUGUAACACACAAGCUUCAACGGGACAGCAUCGAGAGGAAAUGGCAAAUCAAAACCAGAGGUAUCGUGGGUGGUGUCCCUCCAACGAUUACCAAGUCCACGAAGUAAUGGAACCUGCACUACGCAAGCGCUUUGAUCGUCCUACUUCACGGCAUAAGAAGGGUCACGUUGCAUUCAAAUACAACAUAGAGGAAGCCAUAAACGUAGUAGAAACAAUUCCUUCUCCUGAACCUGAGCCUGCGGCUAAGACUGAGACCGAGACCCCUACUACAAACCAUGCAAAUGCUUAUGAGAGUGUGGACCAAAAAGCUGACACGUUUAUUAAGCAACAGCAUAGGAGGAUUGAACUUGCCAGGCUCAAGUCUUUAGGGGCUGCUUGAGACUUGAUAGUUGAGAGUUGAGAGUUGAGACCCUCAUAAAUAUAGCUAACCUAUAACAUGUGAAGGGUUAUCAUAUAUACAUACCAAUGUACAAUAAUCUCAACCUUGGGUACUGUAUGUGGAAUUAUUGAUCUACUCUUUGGAGCAUGUAUUUCAUUUUUACCUAAAUAAAUGCAUUGAGCCCUCACUCAUAUAUAUAUAUAUAUAUAUGGUAUGCUUUUAAUAAUUUCUGUUAUUUUAGUGUAAGAAUUUUCUUAUUUCAUGUG